AUGUAUGCCGCCGUCGAGCAUGAAAGGUCCCAGCCAAUUCCGCCACCGCUUUCUAUGGAUCGCAUUGCUCCCCCGGUGCCUGCGUACCCAACUACAACGACCACCGGACCGCUGCGGUCUACCGAACAUCUGAAGCCAGUAUCAACUGUUCACGGAGGGCGGAUAUGGUCGUUGCAUGUCGUCCAGCAACCGGUCCGCGCACGCAUGUGCGGGUUUGGCGAUAAGGAUCGACGGCCAAUCACUCCACCCCCAUGUAUCAGGCUUAUUGUGAAGGAUGCUUCGACAGACAAAGAGAUCGAUAUCAACGAGAUCGACACAUCCUUUUACGUCCUGACGGUCGACCUAUGGAAUGCCGAUGGCACAAACGAAGUGAAUCUCGUCCGUCACUCUGCAAACUCGCCGUCUAUUUCCACUGCAACAUCGUCUUCAUACCCGCCUCCUCCACAGGAGAGCAGCAUCUCACCUACAUAUCCGCCAUUUGGCCAGCCUCCAUACCCACAGCAGUCAAUGGGAUACCACCAACAAGUCGGCUACUACGGCCAAAAUUCCAUGUAUCAGAAUCCCUAUGCUGCCCCUCAGGGGGGUCCCUAUUAUGCCGGCGGCUACUACCAGGGCGGUAUACAACAGCCCAAUCUGUCAUCACAGUCUGCUGCGCCGGGGGGGAUGUUCACAAGAAACCUUAUUGGAAGUCUGAGCGCAAGUGCUUUCCGUUUGACCGAUCCAGACAAUAAGAUUGGUGUGUGGUUCAUUCUGCAAGAUUUGAGUGUGCGCACAGAAGGGACUUUUCGUCUUAAGAUGAAUUUCGUCAAUGUUGGAACAUCUCAGUCUCCAGAUGCCGCAGGCGCUCCAGUGCUGAAUCACGGGUCCGCGCCAGUUUUAGCAUCUGUCUUUUCCGAACCGUUCCAGGUAUUCUCUGCCAAAAAGUUCCCUGGUGUUAUUGAAAGUACACCUCUGAGCAAAUGCUUUGCUUUGCAAGGUAUCAAAAUUCCCAUUCGCAAGGAUGGGGUCAAGGGACGUGGUGGAGGUGGAGAUGGCGACGAUGAUUACGACUAA